CUCAGGUCACAAACCCCUCAUCGCAUCCGAUCCGGGAAGAUCGGCAUCGUGAUGGCCUUGGUUCGGAGGCAACGAGGGAAAACCUCGGGGAAACCUACCCUGAAUCUCCCCGGAACCCUAAGCGGGCCUUCUCCGCAUCUCACAUUUCCCCGAGACUAUGGCCCAUCCAACAUUCCACCUCGAACUAGUCCGCGGAGAUUCCCCGACCAUGCAGCAACCAUGCCACUAUUUAAUGCCAUGUUCUUCCAUGGCAAGAGAAUAACAGCGCCCCUCCCACGCAGCCAUCAUGAAGCUCCCCCCAGCCGCCGUGCUUCUGGGCACUCACUCUGCCAUGCAGUCGCGGUCUUCUGUCUCCAUCGACUAUAAUGUCGCUCCCCCCAAUCUGUCUACCCUCCCCAAUGGCUCCCUCUUCGACACAUGGCGCCCCCGCGCUCAUGUGCUUCCGCCCACCGGUCAGGUUGGUGACCCAUGCAUGCACUACACCGAUCCCUCCACCGGCCUCUUCCACGUCGGCUACCUGCACAACAGCGAAGGCAUCUCUGGCGCCACCACCGAUGACCUGGCCACCUACCAGGACCUGAACCCCGAAGGCAGACAGUCCAUUGUGCCCGGCGGCAUCAACGAUCCCAUUGCCGUGUUCGAUGGCUCCGUUAUCCCCGCCGGCAUCAACAGCCUGCCCACCCUGCUCUACACCUCCGUCUCCUUCCUCCCCAUCCACUGGUCCAUCCCCUACACCCGCGGCAGCGAGACUCAAUCCCUUGCCGUCUCCUCCGACGGCGGCCGUAAUUUCACUAAGCUCGACCAGGGCCCCGUCAUCCCCGGCCCUCCCUUUGCCUACAACGUGACCGGCUUCCGUGACCCCUAUGUCUUCCAGAACCCCACGCUCGACUCCCUCCUUCCCAGCCCCAACAACACCUGGUACACCGUCAUCUCCGGUGGCCUGCACGGCAAAGGACCCGCUCAAUUCCUCUACCGCCAAUACGACCCCGACUUCCAGUACUGGGAAUAUCUCGGCCAAUGGUGGCACGAGCCCACCAACUCGACCUGGGGCAACGGCACCUGGGCCGGCCGAUGGGGCUUUAACUUCGAAACGGGCAACGUCUUCAGUCUCGACGACCAAGGCUACAACCCGGACGGUCAGAUCUUCACCACCCUGGGCACCGAGGGCUCCGGCCAACCCAUCGUCCCCCAACUCACCAGCAUUCACGACAUGCUCUGGGUCUCGGGUACCGUCGCCAACAACUCUUCCAUCACCUUCACCCCCAACAUGGCCGGCUUCCUCGACUGGGGCUUCUCCUCCUACGCCGCCUCGGGCAAAAUCCUCCCCGCCACCUCCCAACCCUCCACCAAGAGCGGUGCCCCCGACCGCUUCAUCUCCUACGUCUGGCUCUCCGGCGAUCUCUUCGAACAAGCCAAGGGCUUCCCCACCGAUCAGCAAAACUGGACCGGCACGCUGCUUCUCCCGCGCGAACUCCGCGUCCUCACCAUCCCGAACGUCGUCGACAACGCCCUGGCCCGGGAAUCCGAAGCCUCGUGGCGAGUAGUCCGCAGCAGCGCCGGGACAGUCGACCUCCAAACCCUGGGAAUCUCCAUCGCUCGGGAAACGAAAUCCGCCCUUCUCUCGGGGACUUCUGCCACGGAACCAUCCCGUACCCUAAACACCACCAGCCUCAUCCCGUUCCAACACUCCCCCACUUCCAAAUUCUUCGUCCUCUCGGCCCAACUUACCUUUCCUGCGUCGGCGAGGAAUUCCUCCCUGCAGGGCGGAUUCCAGAUCCUGUCUUCGGAGCUGGAAAGCACGACGAUCUAUUACCAGUUCUCGAAUGAGUCGAUCAUCGUCGAUAGGAGUAAUACCAGUGCUGCGGCGAAGACGACGAGUGGGAUUGAUAGCUCCCCUGAGUCCGGUCGACUGCGCUUGUUUGAUGUGCGAGAUGGGGAGAAGGAAGUGGUUGAGACGCUGGAUUUGACUCUCGUGGUGGAUAAUUCGGUACUGGAGGUGUAUGCGAAUGGACGGUUUGCGUUGAGUACGUGGGUUAGGUCGUGGUAUGCCAAUUCAACGGGCAUUAGCUUCUUCCAGAAUGGAGUUGGGGAGGUGAAGUUUGAGAAUGUCACUGUGUCGGAGGGGUUGUAUGAUGCCUGGCCGGAUCGGGCGUGA